AUGCAACUUUUUUUUUCAUUUCAGAUUAAAAUGGAUAUUGAUCAUUCUGUAAUUCAUAUGUAUGAACAAUUGAUGAAUAAUAAUUCAAAUGAAACCUUACAAUCAACAUUAAAUACAUCAGUCGAACAAAGCUUAAACAAUUCUACAUCAUGUAAUAAUGAUCACAACAAUGUUGUUGUUAAUAAAAAUACUUCUGAAAAUAAUAAUACUCCAAAUAAUCAACUUUCUCAAUGUAAUGAAAAUCAUGAAUCAACUGAAGAUAUUAUCGAAAUAUUAAACAUACAAACAAACAAUGAACCAAAACUAAUAAAAAUUAAUCAAAUUAAUACCGAUAUUGAUUUUCCAUGGAAAUUACAAGCAAUUAUUAGCUGUACACAUCCAAAACGAACAUAUAUUAAUUCAAAUGGCGAAGGUGAAAUAUCAACAUGGGACUUAGUCGAUGAUACAGCUGCAAUUAAUCUUGUAGCUUUUAAUUUGGAUUCGUAUAUAUUACCGAAUAAAUUAUUUGAAGGAAAAUCAUAUGAAUUUAAUGGUUUAUCAAUCAAAACAGUUGAUAGUAAUUAUAAAAAAUUACCUCAUGAUUAUCAAUUAAUUGUAAAUAAAACAACUAAAACACGUGAAAUUACAAUGGCAUACAAACAUCAUUUGACUUAUAAUUUUACUCAUUUAAAUGAAGUUGAAAAUUUACCGUUGAAUUCAAUAAUUGAUGUUAACGCCAAGGUUUUAAGAGAUUAUGGAACAACUACAGGCAUUACAAAUGGUAAUCCAUGGACUCGACGUGAAGUUCAUGUUUCUCAAGAUCAGGUUCACAUGAAGUUAACCUUAUGGAAUGAACAGGCGAAAAAAAGUCCAACAAGUAUGAUUAACAAAGAAUUAAAACUAAAAAAUAUUAAAAUUGAUUGGUUUAAUGGUUCACGUACACUUGUUGGUAUGCCCAAUACGUAUAUGUCCAUUGUUUGA